UGAGGCACAAGGAAUUAUAGGCUAGAUACAAAGAAAAUAAACUAAAAGUGGGAAAGGAGAGAAGUAUUUCCAGAGGGAUAAAAGCCGUUUUUGGGAACUUGAACCAGUUGAAAAAAAUACUCUGAUCAACCAACUAGCUUGCCCAUCAAAUCAAAUUCAUAAAAGCUUGGUACAUAUAUGCUUUUUUCUACUUCUAAAGCUGAUCAGUUCAGUCCAUUUAUUCUCUCUUUUAGCCCAUACUCUACUACUCCUGCGUAACAAUCUUUUCUCUGCCUUUUGAGUCUUUUAUUCAUUAACUCAUCAUCAUCCUCCUCCCAUCAUCUUCUUACGAGAUCCUUUCCGGCAUUUUCUACUUAACUAUCCUACAAAAUGAGGCUGUUUGGCUGGAUGCAAAAUAAGCUUAAUGGAAAACAAACAACCAAGAAUACAAAUACAGUUCCAGCUACUAGUUAUGCAAAGCAAGAGCCUCGAGAAGAGUUUAGUGAUUGGCCACAAGGAUUGCUAUCAAUUGGAACGUUUGGUAACGAACAUAUCAAAGAAAUCACAGCUGAAAACCAACAAGAUAAUAAUAAUAUUGUUGAGGAAAAUCCAUGUUCAGCUGAGGAAAUAUUUGAUAUUACUCCUGAAGAGGUUGGAAAACUAAAAAAAGAGUUAACAAAGCUGUUAUCUCGGAAGCCAAACAUGGAAAAGGAAAUUGCUGAUCUUCCUUUGGAUAGAUUCUUAAACUGCCCAUCAAGCUUGGAAGUUGAUAGGAGAAUUAGCAAUGCCCUUUGCACAAGUGACCACUCAUCAUCAUCAGAUGAUUAUAAUAAAGAUGAAGAUAUUGACAAAACCAUUAGUGUUAUUCUUGGUAAAUGCAGAGAGGCCAUUUCUGCUGGGAAAAAUAAGAAGGAUAAUAUUGGAAAGAAGUCUAUUUCUUUUCUUCUAAAGAAGAUGUUUGUUUGUGGAAGUGGCUUUGCACCAACUCCAAGUUUGAGAGAUUCACUGCAAGAGUCCAAAAUGGAGAAGCUUUUGAGGACAAUUCUUCACAAGAAGAUGGCCCCUCAAAAUACUUACCGGGCAUCCACAGCAAAGAAAUACUUGGAAGACAAACCAAUUCCAAAAAAGAGAACUAAUGAUGAAGAUCAUCAGGAUGAUAAGAGACGGGAGAAAACUGAUGAUGGAGGCAAAUGGGUUAAGACAGAUUCUGAAUAUAUUGUUCUAGAGAUUUGAGUUUCGCUUGAUCGAUAGCAGCUAGCAUUAUUCUCAUUUCAAGGUUAUUCUUAAGUCUGUAGUAGAUGCCUCGUUUUUAAUCAGAUGAUUAGAUAUGAGGAACCCCUUGGAAUUGAUCUGAAUAUCACAGCCGUACGGUUUGAAAUGAUUAAUUAUCACAAAUAUAAUUAUGCAUACCAUGGCCAAUAAUUAGACUCAUCAAUGUUGGGUGGUUCUAUGAAUUGAAGAUGAUGAGAUCAGUACAAAACAGGCUGAGACAGCAUAUAAUAUCUAGCUCAUCUGUAUUUUUGGUGACAGUAAGGAGUCCCGUUUUUUCAUGGUAUGUAACUGUGGAUUUCAAUCAAUCCCAGUUGCAAUUGAUCAUGUUAUAUAUAUAUAUUAUGAAAAACUAAUAAUAUUGUUAAAAUGAUUUCUGUACGUAUAGUCUACUACUCUGGUCGAGAGCUAUACGUUUUUCCAGCUACAAUUUUCACUUUGUUUAUCUAUACUUCCUUCUACGUAGUUUACUCUGUAAUUUUUUUUCUUUCUCUUUUUUUUUUUAGCUGAAAUGCUAUACAUCUAUCUGUAAGAUAUUUUGAGGUUAUCAAUAACAUUAUUAGAUUGACCUUUUUUA